UUUUUUUCACACUUUAUAAGUGAAUGGUGACAGAGGUUGUUAUUCUGUUAUCAUAUCUUUUUUUGUUCUAUUAAAGAAAGUCCUACAAGUGUUAAAGAACACGAGGGUGGGGAAAGAGAUUUUUUUUUUUUUUUAUCUGGUGGACUGUCCCUUUAAAUUCUUUUCAUAGCGUGUUGUCAACCCAAUGUUUAAGGUGCACGUGAGUUUGUGGUUAGAAUUUGUGUCUUUUUCCCCCCAAGCAGUCAUAUAGCUUCCAAAGAUGUCUCUAAGUUCAGUGCAGUCCACCUUGUCCACUCUGAAGUCAUGCCAAGCAGAUAUCGGAGGUUGUAUGGACAUGGUAUCAGAUGUUGCGCUGGGAAUAGUUGAAGCACAAGGUAUGGAUAACAGUCCAGCUCUGAAGAAGCUGGAGGGGAUGAUUCUGGAGUGCUCAAGACUGGACCGAGAAAUCAACUGUUUUGUGGAGUCUGUUGAUGAGAUGACUGCUCAGGUCAGACAUGAACCUCCUGAGGCCAUGGUUCACCUGAGAAACUCUGUAAAGGAGCGAUUCACUGAGCUUGUGGCUGGAGUUACAGAUGCAGACCUACAAAGGCACAGCAAGGUUGUUGCCUUCAGAGACAGUGUCAGGAAAUAUGCCAUGCAAGCGGGUCAAACUGCUGCUGAGAAUGAAGAAGAGGAGCUGGAUGAGGACAUUGCUGUAACACAGAGCCAGACAAACUUCAUCUGCCCUCUCACCCAGGCUGAGAUGGUCAGUCCAGUGAAAAACAAGAAAUGCCAUCAUUACUAUGACCAAGAGGCUGUACUUGAAAUGAUUAAGGCCAGGCACAAAAAUAAGAAGAAAUUUCGCUGUCCAAAGGUUGGCUGCGGAAACACAGAUGUUCAGCUGUCAGAUCUUGAGUUGGACCUGGUUAUGAAGAGAAUGAUCCAGAACCAUAAGAGACAGAGCGGAAAAACUUAAUUUGACUAAAUCAGUCCUGCAGAUGUUACAGUUGUUCUGUCUGUAAUAGGAAAAUGGUUUUGCCUGAAUUUUCAAAUGUAGAACUGGAGACUUUUGCAGUAAAAUUUGGUUCAUGUUAAUCUAUAACACAUUUAUAGUUCAUGUUUGCAAUACAAAUAUAAAUGCACUAUGCUUGUCAAUGCUGACCUUUUUUU